AUGCAGGCACUGUUCACCCGAAUAUGGCAUGUGAUAGCUUCGGAACAAACAAGGGUGUUCCUCUGGUUAGUGGCACGACAAGUCAUUAUGACUAAUAUGAAGAGACAGAGGAGGCAUCUUACGGACACAGGAAUCUGUCAAGUAUGUAAGGGUGGAGAAGAAUCAAUCCUUCAUAUACUCCGAGACUGCCCAGCGAUGUUCGAGAUUUGGAGUCGAUUUGUACCAAUGGCAAAGCAGGGAGAGUUCUUCAAUACGCCACUACUGGGGUGGUUGUACGAAAACCUUGGGGUACAUACGGAGAUAGGAAGAUACAAUUGGUCCACUCUCUUCGCCAUCACAACUUGGUGGGGUUGGAAGUGGCGUUGCUGGAAUGUGUUUGGAAAGACCGGAAAAUGCAGAGACCGAGUGAAAUUCCUCAGAGACCUCGCCAAAGAAACAUCGGAGGCACAUACUAAAGGGAGAGAGCGAGGGACUGCAGGAGUUAGAGUCGAACGACACAUAGUAUGGACUCCACCUAUAAGUGGAUGGUUUAAGGUGAACACUGAUGCAGCGUCUAAGGGAAACCCGGGUCGAGCGUUGGCAGGAGGGGUCCUAAGAGAUGAGGAUGGAACGUGGUGUGGUGGGUUUGCGAUCAACAUUGGCAUAUGUUCAGCUCCGUUGGCCGAGCUAUGGGGGAUAUACUACGGACUGUAUAUGGCUUGGGAAAAGCGUGUUCCAAGACUAAUCGUGGAGGUGGAUUCAGAGGUAGUAGUUAGUUUUUUCAAUGCAGGGAUUAAUGAUUCUCAUCCCCUGUCCUUCCUAGUGCGUUUGUGCUAUGGCUUCUUUUCGAGGGACUGGUUAAUCCGGGUGAUUCAUGUUUACAGUUAG